UAGCUUCUGAAUGGAUGGAUCACGGAGCAACAAAAUUGGUCUCAUGCUCAAUGAGCUGUCUGCUCAGUUCAUUUGGGUAUCUAGCUAUAGACGUGGCGCAUUGAUAGAAAGAACGCGUUCACUGCUGUCUGUUUUUACUCAUUCAGCUUCCAACUAAAUCUGAGUCUACGAGACAUGUACAGUGGAUGACCAGGCUCUGAAGUGUUUGCUGUUCAACCCUCUUUUGUGUUCAAGUUCCCCAUCCUGCCUUCCUCUCCAACGGCUCUUAAGCCCACCUGAGGAGUUCCGCUACAGGCCAGCUGAAGUUGGUUGGGGCAGUGCUGUUGGGCGUCAUGGUCCAGAGGCCUGGAGAUGGCGGCUCCCAGCUGACAAUGACCCGGGCUCUGCUGGCCAUUUUGUUUGUGCUGCUCGCGUCCAGCGGCAAGCCCGUGGCAGGCGAUGGCGACGGCGGCGCCAGCGGCCAACUCUCGGCCCUACAGGACCUGCUGAUGCGCUACGGCGACAAUGAAACCAUCUCCGUGCCCCAGCUGCGCACGCUGAUGGCCCGGCUGAGUUUGGGACAUGGGGAGAACACCUCGUCCGAGGCACAGCCUGCUCGAGCCAACUCCUCCAGAUGUUUGUCUGCGAACACCCUUGCGGUACACAGCAUGAGUGAGCAGUCUCGUCUGGACGGACGGGGCCUGCAGGAGAUAUGCCCCACCAUGCUGCAGCAGCUGGAGCUGCGCACCUGCACCGCCGGCCAGGACCAGCAGCCGGACGCCGAGCCCAGCCUCCGGCCUACCGACGCCGAAGUUUGGGGCUUCUCUUUGCUCGCCGUGACGGUGGUCAGUGCCUUUUCUUUGUCCGCUGUGUUUGUGGUGCCCCUGAUGAAGACGCGCUUCAUGCACAAGGUGCUGACGUUCUUCAUCGCCCUCUCCAUCGGGACCCUCUACUCCACCGCCAUCAUGCAGCUCAUACCAGAGGCCUUUGGUUUUGACCCCCUGGUGGAUUAUUACGUCUCCAAAUCUGCUGUGGUGUUCGGAGGCUUCUACCUCUUCUUCUUUGCUGAGAAGAUUCUCAAAAUGAUACUGAAGCCAAAGAGUGGAGGCCAUGGUCAUGGCCACAGCCACUACCCUGCGGAGCGCUACACCUCCAACGGGGACCUGGAGGACAGCCUGACGGAGAAGCUGCAGAAUGGCGAGGCGGGGGGGCUCUCCCUCUCCCGGGUGGACGGUGAGCUCAAAGGGGUCGGCGAGGACGACAAGAUGCUCAGCACACACCAGACUUUACAGGACACCCAGAGUGCUGGAGGUGGGGGUGGCAGUCAUGGGCGCGGCGGCUGCUACUGGCUGAAGGGCACGGCCUACUCGGACAUCGGCACGCUGGCCUGGAUGAUCACGCUCAGUGAUGGCCUGCACAACUUCAUCGACGGCCUGGCCAUCGGUGCCUCUUUCACCGCCUCUGUCUUCCAGGGCGUCAGCACCUCGGUGGCCAUCCUGUGCGAGGAGUUUCCCCAUGAGCUCGGUGACUUUGUGAUUCUCCUCAAUGCGGGCAUGAGCAUCCAGCAGGCACUCUUCUUCAACUUCCUGUCGGCCUGCUGCUGCUACCUGGGCAUGGGCUUUGGCAUUCUGGCCGGCAGUCGCUUCUCGCCCAACUGGAUCUUUGCGCUGGCUGGUGGCAUGUUCCUCUACAUCGCCUUAGCCGACAUGUUCCCAGAGAUGAACGAGGUAAGUCGUGAAGAGGAGGAGGCGGGAGGCAGCGGUCCUUUCGUCACCUUCGCCAUCCAGAACGCCGGACUGCUCACAGGCUUCGCCAUCAUGCUGCUCCUAACCAUGUACUCGGGCCAGAUCCAGCUAGGGUAGCCCCACUGCACCUCGCCCCCUCCCUACAUGGACCAGGGUCAUGGGGCACUUACAUGCCCCCCACCCCUCUAUUGACCUAAGACCUGUUCCAAAGGGCUCAGAGGAAGUCCUUGGAAGACCCUCUCCAUCUCAGGCCCCUUCUUGCCAGAACCUCCCCUCCUCCCUCCUUUUUUUUUUGGAACUGUUCAUGGCAAUGUCUGAAGGGACCCGACUUCAAACGCUAAAGAAUAUGCAUAUAAGUACUUAACUGACAUAAGUACAACCUCUCUGAUGCAGACUACCCUACGUUAUUGCUUUUCAUCUCAUCGUUUGCCCUCACUGAACCUGCCUUCCGCCGCCUAAGGAGACACGUCUGGCCUCCUCUGUCAUUUUGAUGCAAAAA